AUGUACUUGUCAGUCAACCAGCAGAAAGGCCAGCAGUGCAGCUCGAAAGAGGGUUUUCAUGACACACUGGAAGCUUCGCUCUCUGGGCUAUCACCAAUGCAAGCCUCCAUAAGAGCUGGUCAGAUAUUGAAGGAUCGACUGGGCUUAAAAGCAGGGGCAAAACUUGUUAAUUGGGAGAGGAUUCUACAAGGCGAAAAUGAUGAUGAUGACGGCAAUGAGGAAGUAGAAAGGUUCAAAUAUGAGCAGCAACUGGACCGAGCGUUUUUAUCUAAAAUUUCCAUCAUAGGUCUUGGGUUUGCACUAAUGAGCCCCGUUCUAGGUAUGAGCACUACUAUAAGCAUAGGGCUUAAUAAUGGUGGGCCGUUGACUAUAGUCAUGGGAUUUAUAGUAUGUGGGUUUGCAACUUGGCUAUGUUCUUUGUCACUAGGAGAGAUUGUGUCACGAUUCCCCAUGGAAUUGCAUGGCAGUAGUGCGAUGCUGGCACCAGAAAACUAUAAGUUAUGCUGUUCUUGGUUUACAGGCUGGCUCAUGCUUCUCGGGAACUGGACUAUGAGUACAAGCAUAACAUUUGCAGGCGCUCAACUUGCCAUUUCGCUUAUCAACAUGGCAAAUUCCGGGCUCAUAAGGGAAGAUCUCAUCAUGUUUUUCACAGUCUUGGCUUUCUACCUGAUCGUCAGUGUUGUAGGGCUAAUAAAUUUAAAGUUUCCAGGAACGAUAGAGACAGUAAACAAGGUUUGCGUUUAUUGGAUUCUCUAUGCCGUGAUUUUCAUUGACAUUUUGCUCCUGCUCUUCCACUCGGGUUCCUAUCGGUCUUUGAAAUUCGCAUUCACCCAUUUCGACAAUUCCCGCUCAGGAUACACGAGUGCCGUGUUGUCGUUCAUGAUCGGCUUUCAGCAGUCUAACUUCACGCUUCAAGGAUUCAGUAUGCUUCCGGCGCUAGCUGAUGAAGUAAAGGAACCUGAGAGGGACAUUCCCAAGGGCAUGUCAAGCUCUGUCCUCAUUUCAACUUGUGUUGGUAUCGUCUUUCUGCUGCCAAUAAUGAUAAUUUUACCAGAUCUCCAAACAAUUUUUCGUGACUCUAGGGUAAUGCCGAUCGUUUUGAUAUUCACUAGUUCAACGCAUUCAAUGUUUGUUUCGAUAUUUCUCGUCAUCAUGAUUUUGGGCAACCUGUUUUUCUCUGGUAUCGGUUCCAUGACAACUUCAUCUCGUGCUGUCUAUAGUAUGAGUCGCGAUAUGGCUCUGCCGUACAGUGAGUUCUGGUCUCAUGUAGAUGCGAGUUCGAAGCAUAAAGUUCCCAAAAACUCGAUUUUUCUGAGUAUGGGAAUAUCAUAUCUUUUGGGACUGUUAGCCUUGGUAUCGGCUGCGGCAUUCAAUGCCUUUAUGGGGGCUGCUGUUCUAUGUUUAUGCUCGGCGACCUGUAUCCCUUUGAUUCUUGUUGUUGUUUCACGGCGAAGAGCUUUACGCGGCUCACCGAUCAAAGUAAAGUACAGGUUAGGAUGGCCGGUGAAUAUCUGCAGCAUAUGCUGGCUUCUUUUCACUAUGGUGGUGAUAUGCUUACCACCAAGAGUCCCGGUGACAUUCGAGACAAUGAAUUAUGCCGUCGUAGUGUACCUAGCGUUCUUAGGCGCCAUCACAGCGCUCUACUUUCGAUGGGGCAAACAUCACUUCAGGCUGCCCCUGGUGGGAGGCGAUUCAAAAACGGAUGAUUCUGUAGAUACUGUUAUUCUGCAAGAAUUACAUACAUCAAAGUAA